AGCAUAUACAGCAACAAUGUUCUUGCUUAGUUCAGUUCAGUCGUUCCAGGUGCAGGCAGGCUGAUCAUCUGCGACUGAUUAGUUAAUUAGUUAGUUAGUUAGUCAGUUCUAGCUUGUUGCUGAAGGUGAGGUGAAGGAAGGAAGGAUGUCGGUGCGAAGGCCACGGGUAGAGGAGGAGGGCGAUGAGGAUGAGGAUGGGAGCAGCGGUGGUUCAGCAGAGGAGCAUCAGCGACGGCAUGGCGGCAGGAGGAUCCGCCCUGUCCUCUCCUUCAGAUCGGUGGUGAGAAGGGCAGUAGCAGCCGAAACCAUUCAGCAAAUUGUCCUUAACCUGGAACCGGUUAUUCGUAGGGUGGUGCGUGAGGAAAUUCGGAACAUAUUUGCGCAGCAUGGCCAUGACGUACCACAAAGAUCCAUUCCAGUACAAAUCCAAGAAUUCGUCGGGAUCUCGGCUCCACUGAAGCUCGUCUUCGCCAAGCAGCUCAAGCUACCGAUCUUCACCAGCAACAGGCUGGUCGACAUCGACAACAACCCAAUGCAAAUCCAUCUUGUAGACGCCAGGACCAACCACAUGGUGAUGCCAGCAAGCACUCACCCAGCAUCUUCAUCAACGAAGCUCGAGCUACUUGUCCUAGACGGCGAUUUCCGAUGCGAAGAUCGACCCGGGUGGACCGGCGAUCAGCUCUCCGCUGCGAUCGUCAGGGCCCGGGAAGGGAGGCGGCCAUUGCUUGUGGGCGCAGGGCUCAGUCGGACAAUGGACCGCCAUGGAGUUGCGGUGAUUGAUGAGGUCUCGUUCACUGACAACUCAAGCUGGAUCAGGAGCCGGAAGUUCAGAAUCGGCGUACGCGUCGUGCCAGCUGCGAACAAUCAGGCGGCCGUCAGGAUCCAAGAGGCAGUGAGCGAGAGCUUUACUGUCAAAGAUCACCGAGGCGAACUGUACAAGAAGCACUACCCUCCUGUACUGACUGACAAUGUCUGGAGGCUCAAGAACAUUGGCAAAGAUGGGCCGAUCGACAAGAGAUUGGAGGCUGAAGGUGUCAAGAACGUCCAGGACUUCUUGAAGCUUAACACCAUUGAUCCCAACAAGCUUAAAAGUCUUGUUGGCAUGUCAGAUAGGCAAUGGAGUGCGACACUAAACCAUGCAAAAACGUGUGAUAUGGGAGGGAAAUGCUACAUCUUCAAGUCUGAAGGGUGUGAUCUUACAUUUAACCCAGUAGGAGAGAUCUUAGCUGUGAGAAUUGGCGAUCAGGUGUCCUCUUUACAUGACCUGAUUCCACUCCAAAUGGUCCAAAUCAGGCAAUUGGCCAACCAAGCAUACAAACAAUGGGAUCAGCUAGAGGAGGUGCCAAAUGAGAUGGCACUUGUUAACAAAAGCUUAAUUCCAUUUCAUGAGGAGAAGCCCAUGACUUCUUCAGCCAUACCAAGCCAUAUUGAUCAAGCAGAGGGGCUGAUGGAGAAUUCAGGGUGGGAGCCGAGUGAGAUGAGCCAGGAAAGCAUGAUCAGCUCUGGGUCUCAGAGUGCCAUGUAUCUUGACAGCAUGGGAGCUGCCACGACCUCCACUGCUGAAAUGGUGGCUACCAACAGCAGCACUAAUUUGGAAUCUGUGUCAGCUGUUCCAGGUGCUUUGUUCGGCUGGAGUUCAGGCAUGGCUACUGAUGAUCACUUCAGCUGGCAGAACAACACAAACCUUGGCGCUUGGGAUCAUGCUGAUGAUCCUUGCUAGCUAUCUGAGUCCAAACAGAUUAGUCCUUGCAUUGCUACCAGUUUAGAUAGCUAGUGUUCUUAUGCUUUUUUUUUUACAAACUGCGAAAAUAAAAUUGUAUAUAUUAAGGGGCUGGUUUUCUCUAAUGUUAGUUUGUUUGGCUCUCAUCUUUUAUUUAAGCCUGACUGGUGAGUAUUGUAAUGUCUUCUGGUCAAGUUAAUAUGAAAAAGAAGAGGACUACGGAGUACGGACG